CCCAGCCAAGGCCGAAAAUAUUUGUAGCCUCGUGUGCAACAGCUAUAUAGGAAAACGUAGCGUAUUGUGCGGCACCGCGUAUACCGUGACGCCAAUAAGUAAUAUAGAUGCACAUGAUGUUAAAAUGUAUUAUCGACGCGGAACAAGAACCCCACUUUGCGAUGCCUUUCGCCAUGCUGCGGCAGCUUGUUCGUUUACCUCCUGAUCAACCGCUGUUCUUGCGCGAUCCACGGACGGUAAAUUGGUGGAUCGCUGGCAAUUUGCCCUUUCUAAUAUUCCUCUUAGUCAGCUAUGUUUACGUUGUCAAGUACUCUGGACCGCGGUUCAUGAAGAACCGCAAGCCCAUGGACUUCCUCAAGCCUGUCAUCUUGGCCUACAACGGAACCAUGGUGGCGACCAACGCCUUCUUCUGCUACAAAUUCCUCAGCAGGUCGUACAUCGGUGGCGGUUACAACUUGUUCUGUCAAGGAAUUGAUUUCAACACCAAAGAUCAUACGACGUUGCAGCUUCUGAAUCUCGUGUGGUUCUACACCUGGGUGAGAGUUGCGGACUUUCUGGAUACGAUCUUCUUUGUGCUUCGCAAGAAAGACGCUCACGUGUCGCUGUUGCACGUCGCGCAUCACUGCAUAGUUGUCUUCGGGUGCUGGUACGGUUUGUCCUACGGGGCUGAUGGACAGUCCUUGUUCGGCAUAUGUCUGAAUAGUUUCGUUCACGUUCUCAUGUACGCGUACUAUUUCUUGUCGCUCCUGGGGCCCUCUGUGCGCAAGUAUUUAUGGUGGAAGAAACAGUUGACGGAACUCCAGAUAGUGCAGUUCUUCGCUGUCUUGGCCCACGCCUCUGUUCCGCUGUUCAAGAACUGUGGGUACCCGGUUAUGCACGUUGUUAUAGCGUUUCCUCAAGGUGUUUUCUUCAUAGUGAUGUUCGCCAAUUUCUACAUUCAAGCCUACAGGAUGAAGCAAGCAAAGCGCAAUGAGUAGAUGGAAAGUGGGCAGUGCAGAGGAUUUAGUGCUUCGGUCUUCGGGCAGGAAGAGCGCUUUUAGUUCAUGGGUGUGGGGCGGUUGCGGCCAAGAGUAGGGCAAUAGCGCGACAACAGGUUUCGAAGAGGCAAUGAAUGGGAAUCCUCAGACCAUAAUGGUCAGAGCUUUUUUUUAGAAGCUGUUUUUUGUGAACUUUAUGUACGUUAUAACUUUACACAUCCAUUGAAGAUUAAGCUGCUUGGUGUUUGUCUCUUGUCCCACCGUACGUGUUCGCCCAAGCUCUGAUUACAUCUUCA